GUGGCUUUCACCACGGAGGUUGCCGCAUGAUGAGCGCCCCCCUCCAUUGCACCCAAAGCAUAGUACCCUAGGUUGAACCUAGGGUCCAAAAGGGUUGCAAUAGUGUAGUCCUCCGAAGUCCGGUUGUAGUAGUUCUUCAGUUUGGCGUGAGCAUUCUUGCAUGGCUCCCAAAACUCGCCCCUGGCGGCCACCUGGGCUUCCAACAAAUCCAUGAGUGAGUUCACCAAUGGAACACACAAGGAAGUUGUUGGGUACCUAGACCCCUCCAAAAUCCGUUGCACUCCGGCAAACGGAGCGAGAAGUUUCUCAAGAACGAAGAGGGUGCUCCAUUCGUCAUCCCUCAUUCGGAGCUCCUCAAAUACCUCCUCCUCCACCUCGGCCACCAAGUAGGAGUUAAUGGCCGCCUUCAACUCCCGUGCCCUUACCACCAUAGCAUGGGCACUUCCCCACCUCGUUGGGGUGUCAUGAGCAAGUGAGGUCUUAUGCCCUUGCACCUUCUCAAUGCAAUGUACCUCAAACUUAUCAUGCCUCAAGCUUGACCCACUAAGGUGGGUUGCAAGCCCACGGACCUUGGUGAGUGCACCA